AUGCUGCUUCCUCUGAGCGCAGGCCGGCUGCUCAUUGCAGGAACCGAGACCCACUCGCCUGCCAGCUCCCGAUGGAUAUCCUCAGAUGAUCUCAAUAAGGAGAAGUUUACUCUGAUGGCUCACCAAUCUUCUUGGAUCUUCAUCAAUGAGAGGACAUUCAUCACCAAGGAACAGCUUGAUUCUUUAUUGAAGAAUUAUAAUAUUUUUUAUGAAAAUCAGAAAAAUCUUCACAUUUUAUAUGGACAGACAGAAGAUGAUAACCUCAUUGUUGAAGGAAUGCUGGACAUUUCUUGGGGAGUGAAACGGCCUAUUCAGCUGAAAAUACAAGAUGAGAAGCAAAUCCCUAUGAUGAAGUCACCCGAUGUCUUUUCCAAAGGAAUGACACGCUGGGGAGAAUUUGAUGACCUUUAUCAUAUUGGUGAGCUGGACAGGAACCAGAUUCCAGAGUCUGAAGCAAUGAGUUCUGAGGAAGAUUAUUUACCUUAUCACAGCAACACUCUGAAGCCUCAUGCAAUGGAAGAGCCAGAAUCCCCCUUGCUCUAUCGGACCAUGAGUGAAGCAGCGCUAGUGAGGAAAAGGAUGAAGCCUCCAAUGACGGACAGAAAAGACAGACAGAACCACAGAGCUUCCAUUAAUGGACACUUUUACAACCACAGAACAUCAAUAUUCACACCAGCCUUUGGAUCAGAGACUAAAGUCAGAAUAAAUAGUAGUAUGAGUACUGAGGAAGUAAUAAAGCAACUUCUCAAAAAAUUUAAGAUUGAAAAUAGUGCCCAAGAUUUUGCACUGUAUAUUAUUUUUUCAACGGGAGAGCAGAAACGACUAAAGAAGACAGACAUACCGCUGCUGCACAGGCUUAUACAGGGACCUUCCAAAAUGAAUGCUCGCAUUUUCCUCAUGGAUAAAGACACAGAAGAAAUUAGCAGUGAUGUUGCUCAGUAUAUUAACUUUCAUUUUUCUCUACUGGAAUCCAUCCUUCAAAGAUUAGAUGAAGAAGAGACAAGAGAGAUUGAAAGAACAAAAACAAAAUUCACAAAAGAGAAGGCUUACAUACUGAAUUAUAUUAGAAGUAAACGGAUAGUAAAAACAGAGACAACAGUUUAG